GAACCAGUCGCAGUUCAUAGUAAUUAAUAUAAUAAAUUAUCACUGUCAAAGUCAAAGCUAUAUUAUCAAAGCGUGGCUGCAGAAAUGAAGAAUAAUCAUGCUAUUUACGAAAUAAUUGUAGUGUUGGUAGUAAUUAUCAAUUUGAGUGUUGGGACAUAUACAGGACCAAACAAAGUAGCCAUUGUUAACAAGGAACAACCUUACGUUAAUAAAACAUAUCAGCCAUGUAGUUACAAACCUGGAUGCUAUUUUUUAAACCUAACGUGCUCGCUAUUGGACAAGAUUGCUAAAAACACUGAAAAAGAGUACUAUGCAACACCGGAAGAUGCGCAAGAUGCCCUUGAAAAUGGCGACAUUUGGGCUAUAUUUUACUUUCCGAGAAAUUUUACAGAUGGUUUAAUGUCCAGAGUCAUUCACCUAGCUCAUGCUAGUGAGCAGCUUCUUCAGGAGAGCCAAAUGCAGGUGUGGAUUCGAGGAGACUAUUCAAACGAUUUGGAAGAUUUUCAGCAAAGUUUUAAAAUAUUCACAAUGAAGUUAAUUAGAAAAUGUGGAUCACCUAAUAUUAAUUUACAAAAUUUGGGUCUUUUAGUUUCAUAUAAACAGGUUAUCAACCCCAAAUUAAGCAAACUGGCUAUUAUUAAUGAGGACCAAAUUUUUGUGAAUAAAACAUAUCAGCCAUGUCAUUUUGAAGAAGAUUGUACAACAAAUAUUCAAAGAUUUUCAAACAUGAGCUGCAAAUUUCUGGACACGAUUAAAGACGAAACGAUUGAGUAUUAUUCAACACUUGAAGAUGGUUUAAAUGACCUUCAAAAAGGAGACGCCUGGGGAGCCAUUCAUGUAAAAAAAGGUUUUUCCGACGCAAUUGUUGCUUCCUUAAGCUUAACUUAUGAUCCAUAUUAUAUACAAUAUGGGUAUAUCAACCAAAUCCGAAUUUGGAUCCAUCCUUUAAGAGAAUCAACUAAAAUAGGACUUGGUGAGAAAGAUCUGCAGCAACGAUUUACGAAAGUAAUAGAAAAUCUUCUAAAAACUUGCAGAAAAAAGGGCAACAACAUACCAGAAUGGAUGACAGAAUUGACCAAUGGCUUUUCAACGAAGGAUAUAAAAUCAAUUGCAGCUUUUCAAGAUUUUAACAAUAUUACUAGCUAUGUACAAUACGCACCCCUAAGAUAAGAGAAAUCUUAUAUAAUUUUAAUAAAUAUGUCAAAAAAACCUCAUAAUUACA